AUGGCCCUCCAGCGCAAGUGGGUCGCCUCUAUCUACGAGGCCAAGCACGCUGGUGACCUCGAGCUGCCACCGACCCGAGACGACGUCGUUGCCGCCUGGACAGCAAUCGCUGAGGACCCGCUGCCCGUGAACCUAUAUACCGGUAUUGGCGUCGACGUUGCGUGCCAAGCACUCCAUGCGCUCGUUGGUGACGCCAUCAGAACCACAUCCUUGCGCGCGAUCGCAUUUUGGCGCAAGCCGUACCGCGCAAGCACUCUCGGGUUCUCGUCGGCUCUGUCUCUCGCAUACAACGCCGUCGCGAACACCCAGCGCCUCGGUCUCAGCGUACGCGACCUGCUUUCCGGGAUUCUUGCGUCGCUUUUGCGAGUUUGCGAGUACAGAGGCGACCGUCUCUCGACCGAGAUUCAUGCCAUAACGAACCUCUUGAUCCAGAGCAACGACGUCUCGCUCAGGUCGCGCUUCCUUCGCGACGCAUUGCCGUGCAGUCAGAUGACGAUCCACGACGUUGCUACGUGUGUUGGCGCCCACCACGCGACGUAUGGCUGGACGGUACUCUUUCCCGCACUCCAAAGCCUCCUCGAGCGCUGGCUACAAACGCAUAGCGUGAGUGACAUGGGCCAUUUCGUGGUGGGUCUUGUCUGA